GGAGCGCUUUGAAAGUGUGCUAAAUUCAAAGUGCAUACAUUUCCCAGCAUGCAAGAUUUUCUAUACAAGCGGAAGUGACUUGUGGUUUUUGCAAAGGGGAAUAGUGAGACAUUCAAAGUGUCAACAUUUCCGUCCCAGAGGUUAGACAGUUCUCUGACCAUGUCCCUGACAGAUGUCUGACUCCACAGCAAUGGGUUCAUCUCAAAGCACCCCCAAUUCUGCAGGCGACACGACUCUUCCCCCGGAGCUGCUGCAGGAGAUCUUCGUGAACCUCCCUGCCCACCAGGUGGUGCGAGUCUGUCCACUAGUUUGUCGUGAAUGGAGAGCAUUGGUCAACAGUGAGUGCCUGUGGAAGGAGCGGUGUCGGCGCGAGGGCUACAAGCCCGGCGAUGAAGCGGGGCAGGAUGUAGUCAAAGGCUGGAAAAUGUUCUACUUCCUGUCGAAAGACAAACGGAAUCUUCUCAAGAACACGAAGGCAGAAGAGGGCCUCAAAUAUUGGAACAUUCUGUCCAAUAAGGGAGAUGGGUGGGUGACAGAGGAAGUGAGGAGUCCCCACCCAAACGAGGGAACAACACAAACCUUUGUUAGCUCUUAUGGUCCAUGUAUUAAGUCUCAGCUGAUUGACCUGAGGAAGGAGGGGUACAACCACCACAUCAUGGAUAAGUUCCAGCCAGAUAUCAGAAUAUCGGAUUGGUAUGCCCCUCGAGAAGACUGCGCUUGCGAGUACGAGAUACGGGUGGAGCUACUAGACAAAAAGAAGGACGCUCUUCAAGCCUUCUCUCCCAAGAAAGUUAGCUUUGAGCAGUGGAGCGAUGAGAAAUGGAACAAGAUGACCCAUGUCUUUAGGAAGUACGGACAAGGGGUGCGAUAUGUUAAAUUUGUCCACGGCGGAAAUGACAGGCAGUACUGGAAAGGAUGGUAUGGAAUUCGAGUAACGGACAGCUGUGUUGAGAUUGGUCCACCGGAGGAUAGAUAACAAGGAUUCAACAUUGAAUAUAAAUUAAAUGUAAUAUGUAAGCAUGCGGCACUUUAAAUGCAAAAUUGUGGUAUAUUGUCUAUUUUCUUUAAAUUACUGUUUGUCUAUCGUUUAACACUUGCACUCGCACCUAAUUGCUGCAAAUUACAUGCAUAUUUUGUCCAAGUAAAAUAAAAUGUUUCGAAAGAAUUACUUAUCUAUAGUCGGAGCAGAAAAAAUAUUUUUUCUCAAUUGUAUUGUAACUCAACGAUCCCAAGCCAUUUCAUUUGUCGUUCCUUGAUAUAGUCCGCCACUCAGAUGGUAUUCAAUCUGAUGGAACAUACUCUGAAUAUAGCCAUAAUAUGACUUCCUAAGGCAGUGGUUCUCAAACUUUUUAUACCGCAUACCACCACAGAAAAUAUUUGUCUCCCCAACUACCACGAUUAUGACAGAUGUUAUAAAAUAUAACAACAUACAGAAUUUGCGUAGGCCUGUGGCCCUAUUCAGCUGCGCACAUCUCAUGCAGGAGGCACAUUUAUUCUUAAAAAUAUUAUUUUUUGUUAGCUGUUGUCAGCUGUACAAAGUGGUAGCACUGGAACAGAGACACGGAAACACAUACACAUACACACACAGCAAGUGAGAACAUGAUCUCAUGGUAAAUGUAUCUCUGUUCGUACAGUGGCAGCUGGUGGUUUUUAAAGUGAGGGAGGAUGGAUUGCGUGCUUGGAUGCCAUUGACCUGCUUGCACUGUUAGUGGCGUACGUAUGUGAGACUCAAGUUGUUUCAGGGUGUUAUGUGAAUUGAUACUAAUCCACAGGGGCAGCAUUGUACUUUGAAAGCUGGUGGGCAUCAUGUCUUGGACUACAAGGGCAGAAGGAAAGGAUGCAUAGCCAAUUAGUCAAAUCAGGCCUACUCUUGAUUUGUAAAACUAAAUUAAAAAAAUCUGGGGAUAGAAUUUUGCCUAUUUUUGCCUUCAAUGACUGAAGCUAUUGGUUGUUAUUUGGCUAUGUUUAUUUUCAGCUACAUUUGUUCUAGGAAAAAUGAAGACACAAGACCAAAGGUGAUGCCAUUUAAAAUGCAUAAUGCUCUGAAUCAUUCACUAACAUCCUUUCCACAAUAUCAAACAGAACGAUCGGAGUAACAAACAAUUAAAAGAACAAGAACAUUAUUUAACAACAAUUUGCAUGGGCUGUAAGCUUAACAUUGUUUGAGGCAAAUGUGGAUGUUAAUGGAUGUUUCAGAAUGUUGGUCAUGGUGUUAAUACAAUUAAGAUUGAGGGACUUCAUUUAUAGAUCAAAUCAAUCCUCCUCGCGGGCUCCGCAGCCCGGCCGCAUGUGUGAACCCCAUGUUGUUCACCGGCCGCCAACACUUUCGGGGAAAUGAAUAGGAGUCAAUGGAGGCUGGGGGAGGAACGUCCUCCCUGAAGUAAUUGCCGAUCGUCGAUAGGCGAUAGGAGCUGCUAAUGUCCCUUUACCGAGGGAAACGAACAUUACAUAUUCAAAGGCAUUAAGGGAAUUAAUUCAGUAGGCUGGGCAAUGUAAAUGUUUUAUUCUCAACAAUGUUAAUGUUUUUUCUAAUUCCUCUGCGUACCACUUGAUAGCGGUAGUACGCAUACCAUAGUUUGAGAACCACUGUCCUAAGGUAACUGGUUUCAUUGAUCCAUCUCAUAGUAAAACACGGUACACUUGUUGAUAGCGAGAGCCAUUUAAGAAAAACAAAUCACUCCCAUUUGAACAUUUUUUGGUGUAUGUUUCUGCUAUGCUUUGCACUUUUGUUCACAAUAAACAAUUUUAAACAAAUACAAUCCCUUUCUGCAAAAUGUGAUCCUUACAACUGGUGUGUAUCAUCAGUGAUCAGUCCUCACAUUAAUCACAUUUUGGACAAGGGUCAUUAUUAAGGCUUUAAAGUUCAUGAGUCAUAGUCACCGGUCACCAAACACAUAAGGGGGU